AUGUUUGUGUCAUCGAUUAUUGGUUGCUCUGACUGCGGCGAGUCAUGUUUUGCAGCAGAUGGUGCAUUGCGCGACUUUACUUUACGUAACUUUAAUAGAAUUUUCAAGAUAAUUGGUCGUGACUGGGAGAUGGCUUCAACGUUAACAGUUAAAGUACAUCCGGUUGUAUAUUUGACUAUUGUUGAUGCAUUCGAAAGACGCUCGAACAAGCCGGGUGCUAAUGACAAAGCGUUGGGCACGUUGAUGGGAUUCUAUGAAAAGAAUGCUGUUCAGGUAACAAAUUGUUACGCUAUACCGUUCCGAGAACAAAAAGAAGAUACACCGGAAUUAGACGAUGGCUUUAAUCAGACAAUGUUAAUGAUGAUGAAACGGGCAACACCCUCAGAACAACCAGUUGGAUGGUUUUACACCAACGCCGAUUUGUCAAUCCACUGUUUGCCAUAUCAUGAUUAUUAUAAUCGUUUGAUAAGCGAAUCAUCAGCCAAGAAAGAACCGCCGCCAGUGAUCUUGCUUACCGUUGACACAACCUUCAGUUCAUCAGAUGAAAAUUACCGGAUGCCUGUGCGAGCAUAUUUGAGGGUUAAAGCUGGGAUUCCUGGAACUCGAGAUCCACACUGUGCCAUUUUCAAUCCAUUGAAAGUUGAAUUCGAUGCUUUUCCUGGUGAAGGUGUUGCGCUAAGUUUAGUGCAGGGUGGUACGGCUUAUAGUAACAAGCAGCGUGAGGUUGUUCUGGAGAGCGGUUUGGAACAGCUUGAGAAAAGUAUGGGUGAAAUGGUAAUCUGGUUGGAGAAGCUUUUAAAAUAUGUGAACAAAGUGCUUCAAGAACCGGAACUACCCGUUGAUUCGUCGUUUGGACGACGCAUGAUGGAUAUCGUCAGUAUUGCUGCAACUCACAUGUCUGAUGAAAAAUUGGAUGUACUAGUUAAAACAAGUUUAAGGGAUUACAUGAUGAUUUCAUAUUUGGCAAGCUUAACGAAAACACAGCUUUCACUGCAAGAACGCUUAGUGGCUCUGUGAAAAGACGUUUCUAAUCUUUCCAACGAAAGCAUUUUUAUCGUUACUUUAAGCAGUCCAUGUUUAACAAUACGUGUUUAAAGUAACCAUAUAGAUGCUUUCGUUGAAAAGACAAUGAAAAUGUUGGACGUUUGUAUUCACUACACAUUUUAUAUUCUUAUUUUAAUAUGAUCACUUGUAGCGAAGUUUAUUCAUAAUUAAGGCAUCUAGAAUAUGAAAUUUGAAAUUGCAUGUUUCUACUUUCUCAACUUUUCACCAUUUAUUAGUUGUCAUCAUGAAGUUCUAGACAAAACUGCAAAGGAACAAAAAAUAUGGUAUUAUUUCACACAAGAAUUUUUUUUUUGGCGUUCUGUUCGAGAUUGCAAUUUGU